GUCUGAAUGAAGGCUGCGAAGGGCUGGGACAAAGCUCAGCGCUUUCUCCUCUGCUCCCGCUGAGCUGAAGGACCGACAGGGGAGGAGCGGCGACGGGGCGAAUGCCUCCGCUGAGGCCCACGAAACACUAUCUCUCGCAGGCAGCUGCUCAGCGCCUCGUGGCAUGUGCCAACACAGCGUUCCUAUCGGCCCGCAGCUUCCCACCGACGGCUGGGGGGCCCCACACCAGCCCCGCACACAGAUCCUUUGAAAUUUUGCCUCGGUGGCAAACAAAUCCCCCUCGCUCCCCAGCAGCCCUUCUCCACCGGGCCGGGCAGCGCAGAGGGGAACAGAGCAGCCUCGCGACCCAUCUACCUGCAGUAAAUUUGCUUCCUAAAAUAGCUGCAGAGCCGUGAGGUAUUUCUGUGGCAGUCACGCAGCCUUUUUCUGUCCUGAAGGGCUGUAAAGAGAGCCUGGAGUUGUUAGCUUGUGUGCAAACCGGCGCAGUUCUGCCCGAGUCUGAAGACAGCCCGGAACACUAGCUGGGAAGAGGGAAGUAGCUGCUUGAUCUUGGUUGGGUUUAAGUGGCUGCUGUACCGGUGUAAGUUAGUGUUACACGUACACGGCUGUAGGACCAGGCCCCUGACGAGGAAAGUAGCACCGCCAAGUCAUCAGCACUCGAGAUGUCGCAUGAAGCCCUGCCAGCCCCUCGCGCCAGCCCCGGUGCCGCUCCCCAGGCUGUAAGGCUUAUAUUUGGCACUCUUUACCCAGCGUAUUACUCUUACAAAGCCGUGAAAUCGAAGGACAUCAAAGAAUAUGUCAAAUGGAUGAUGUACUGGAUCAUAUUUGCGCUCUUCACAACAGCAGAGACGUUCACGGAUAUCUUUCUUUGCUGGUUUCCAUUCUACUAUGAACUCAAAAUAGCUUUUGUAGCUUGGCUGCUGUCUCCAUACACAAAAGGCUCCAGCCUCCUGUACAGGAAAUUUGUUCACCCAACACUGUCUUCAAAAGAAAAGGAGAUCGAUGACUGCCUCGUCCAGGCAAAAGACCGGAGCUACGAUGCCCUUGUGCACUUUGGGAAGCGGGGCCUGAACGUCGCGGCCACGGCAGCUGUCAUGGCAGCUUCCAAGGGACAGGGAGCCUUGUCCGAGAGACUAAGGAGCUUUAGCAUGCAGGAUCUCUCGACCAUUCGUGGAGACAGCAGCAGCACUGUUCCUCCGUCGGUCACUGUACGAACAAGUAGCAAACAGAGCCAGCCAAAACCAUCCAGAAGUGCAUCGGAAGGCACUGGCAGCUCAGGCACCGCCUAGGACCCUUAGACCUCGCUUCAGGAAGAAAAGUACCUCGUCCUCUGCCACUGAAACAAUGUGAGUGCAACGAGCCAAUAGCACCAAGAUCCACAGAAUGUCUCUCUUCUGCCUUAAAGAGCUACUCGAUAAUAAUGUAGGAAACAGCAGCGGGAUGGAUGUGCUUCGAUGUACAGCGUUGUAGACAUGGCCUUUCUCUCUCCUCUCUCUGUACCCCGUUCCAUGCUUCUCGCGUUUGUCGGUGACAUGGUUAGGACAGCCUGACAGAGCCCUGCAGAUUCAGAGCCCUCGUUUUGUUUGCAGAGCGUCCCCCCCACUCGUGCUAACCCUGUCGGGCUGUACAUUUACAACUCUCCCUUGUGUCUGCAUAGCUCUGGCCCUGUGAAUGCACAGCGAAGGCGAAAAUAAUCAGUUGCUCGUGAUGAUGCAUUGACAGUG